UCCAGAGGAAGACCGAUUCAACAGGGUGAAGAAAAAGCUAUGGCGAGGAGGCCGGACGAUGAGUACGAUUACUUGUUCAAGGUCGUAUUAAUCGGCGAUUCCGGCGUCGGAAAAUCCAAUCUCCUAUCCCGAUUCACCAGAAACGAGUUCUGCUUGGAAUCCAAAUCCACCAUCGGCGUCGAAUUCGCCACCCGUACCCUCCAGGUUGAAGGAAGAACAGUGAAGGCUCAGAUAUGGGAUACAGCGGGCCAAGAGAGAUACAGAGCCAUAACAAGUGCGUAUUACCGUGGUGCCCUUGGAGCCAUUCUCGUAUACGAUACGACAAAACAAACAACGUUCGAGAACGUGAGUCGAUGGUUGAAGGAGCUGCGUGACCACGCGGACGCAAAUAUCGUAAUAAUGCUCAUAGGAAACAAAACCGAUCUCAAACACCUUAGAGCCGUCGCCACAGAGGAUGCUCAAGUUUUUGCAGAAAAAGAGGGGCUUUCGUUCGUCGAAACAUCAGCUCUAGAAGCUACUAACGUGGAGAAAUCUUUUCAGACAAUUCUUUCGGAGAUUUAUCGAAUCAUUAGUAAGAAAUCUCUCUCGUCGAAUGAGCCUGCGCCAAGUGGCAUCAAAGAAGGGAAGACUCUUGUUGUGGGCCCUCAGGAAACCAACACAAAGAAAGCUUGCUGCUCUUCAUAAGUUACCUGCUUUGUUUUUUUUUUUUUUCUUUCUUUUCCCUAUAUAUUGAUUUCAAUCUUCGUAUUAGUCUCGUGCUUAAAAAGUUUUUUGCUACUCGAUUCGAGACUUUCUGUGUAUGUCGAUUUGUAUGAGUUGUAUUUGCUUUCCCAGUGACGAUAUAUAGUAUUUAUUACAUUUGGAUCGAUUUCGAGUCAGAA